GCCCGCGCAUGCGCCCAGCCGUCUCGCUCUCCGCCCUCUGUGACGCAAUGCCGGGGCCGGUUGCCUGGAGGCGGGGCGGGGCCUGGUCCGGCCGCGUGGAGCCUGGCUAGCGUGCGGAGUUGCCGGGCGUCCGGGAGCCUCCUGGGUUGGAGGCUGUGUGGAAGCAGUGAAAGCCUCAUGAUGUGGCCACGCCAGGACAGACCUGGGAACAGCCCCAGAAAGAAUGUUUCCUCCUUUGGAAAAGGAGUGUCUCGGGGGAUGCAUGGCAAAAGGAAAGUACCAGCCACAGAGACUGUGGAAGAAAGUGCUCAAGACACCAUCCUUGAUGCUAAGCUUGUCACUGCUCAGAAGCAACCGCUGGAGAGUUCAAGUGGCAUAGCAGGCAUUUCUGGGGAGUGCAAUCAUGAUGCUAAAAAGCCUCGGCUCCUGCAAGGAGAGAGUGCCACUGACCAGGGAGCUGUCAGUGAGGACUCCGAGGACAGCGAUGGCAAUAGCGAUUACAGUGAUCUGGAGGAGGAUGAUGAUGACAAGACAGGCAGCGGAACCUCUGGCAGCAGUGAUGAAGAGCCAUGUGCUGGGGGAAAAGACAUCUCAAAAUGCAAAAUUACCCCAGAGAGUGAUACGAAGAGAGAACUAUCCUUAAUGUCUUUCGAGGAACUGCUGCAGCUGCGGAACAGUGUUGGAACCAAAGCGUAUCAGCAGAUGACUAGCGGGAAGAAGCCAUUGAACCAUACAAAACCUAGGACAAAGCAACGGCCCAGCAAACAGGGGCCACUGGAGAUUUCUGCCAAGAAACCGGUCCCCUUUCUACGACAAGUGGUCUCUGUUAAAAAGACGGUGCAGAGAGACCCACGCUUUGAUGACCUGUCUGGGGAGUACAACCCAGAAAUAUUUGAGAAGACGUACAGUUUCCUGAACGGUCUCAAGAAGAGGGAAAAAGAGAUCGUUCAGAAGCAGCUGAAGAAAAGCCAGAAUGUGGAGCAGCAGGAGAAACUGCAGCAGCUCCUCAAGCGCAUGACACAACAGGAGGAGGCUCAGAAGGAACGGCAGAGGCAGAGAGAGAAAGAGCUGGCCUUGAAGAGAGCACAGAGGGAGCAGGCCCAGCUGGGAAGGAAGCCCUUCUACCUAAAGAAAUCUGAGAAGUGGAAAUUGGAGCUGGCUGAGAAGUACAAAGUGCUGAAGGGGAGCGGGAAGCUAGAGAGCUUCCUAAGCAAGAAGAGGAAGAGGAACGCCAUUAAGGACAAGCGCAGACUGCCCUUCCGGAAGAACAUGUGACUUCUGGGUGGGUGGAGCUGGCAACCGGCUCUUUGAGUGAUGGAUAUCGGAUGGUGGGAUUUUAGCCUCUUCUGAUGGAGAGCUGGGCUUUGGAUUGUGACUACAGCAGCAGCCCCACUUCCUGACUGCCUCAAGUCUGUCCUGUAUCUCUUUAGCAUCGGAACCAAGGACUAUGUCCAUCCAUCUAGACAGAGUCUGAGCAGAAUAAAGUUCUGACCCAGGCCUGCACAAGGCCACCUUGAAUCUUCCAUAAGGGUCAAACCUUAUCUAUAAUUCUGUGCCCAUACAGCAGGGGAGUCCAAUAAGGGGAGCUCUGUGCUUCAGACAAGCACGCCUCCACUUUGCAGACAAAUUCAGCAGAAUUGGCGGGGGCUUUGCAGGGACACAAGGGAUAAAAACAGAAUGAAGAAUCAUGCUGAUUGUGCUCAAUUGAUCUUGCGUUACUUAUGCACCCCAGAGCUGGUGCUCUUUCCUGUGGUCAUGGUUGACUUCUUGUAACACCA